UAGCUCGCCGAGAGCCUCUGCCGCCCGCUGCUCCGAGCUGAGCGGCAGGUUGUGACCGCUAAGGCACCUAACGGACAGCCCAUAACGCGCUAUCGACAAAUACCACUCGCUCGGCAAGCGUUGAGGCUUGCUGCAAUUCACACUGGGAGCUGCCAGAGCAGCACAGCGAAGCGCUCGCGCGCGUGGGUAAAAAAAGACGCGUCUCACGCUGUUCCUCACGCUGCGAGCGGCCGUCGCGCUGCGCGCGCCGCUGCGCCGCGUCGCCACGAUGAAGCGCGCCGCCGCCGCCGCCGAGGGUCCUAGCAAAGCCGCGGCCGUGGACCCGCGCGGCGUAGGUAAACCAGAGCUCGCGCGGAAGCCGGGCGAAGCUCGAAUCCCGAAGCGCAAGCUCGCGCUUUUAUUAAGCUACCGCGGGACGCAAUACCACGGCCUCCAGCGCCAGACGGAUCCAGCCCUCAAGACGAUCGAGGGCGAGAUGCGCGUCGCCCUCUCCAAGGCCGGCGCCGUGUCCCCGGAAAACGCCGAAGACCUCUCGAAGAUCGGCUGGUCUCGAUCCGCGCGGACGGACAAGCGGGUCUCGGCCGCGCAAAAUAUCGUCGCAGCGAAGUUGGAAGUGGAAAAUGAUGAUGUGGACGCCCUCGUAUCUCGGAUCAACGACGAGCUGCCGCAUGAUAUUCGUGUCUUCGAUGCGGUUCGAGUGACCAAAUCAUUUAAUUGCAAGCAGUCGUGCGAUCGGAGGCGGUACGCAUACUUAUUACCUUCAUGCUUGUUGGCGUCGAACGACGAGAUCGACGCGGCGUUUGCGAGUGUCGGGUAUGGUCCCGAGAAAAUCGAAGCAUGCCGAAACGCGGUCGCGCUCGCGAAGCGGGAGGGCGCGCGGCCGAGUGACUGGCAAAUCUCCGACGAGGCGGCCCGACAAGUGGCGGCGACGUUCGCGGCGUGCCGCGCGGCGCCGGACGCCAUUGAAAGAUUGCGGCAGUUCUUGCGGUGCUACGUCGGCACGCGGCGCUACCACAACUUCACAAAAAACUUAAAAAGUAGUGAUGAGCAGGCCAAAAGGUUUAUUCUCGAAUUCGACGCCGGCGACCCUAGGAUAGUAGCUGAUAGCACGGAGUGGCUCCGGCUCGAAGUCGUGGGCCAGUCCUUUUUGUUACAUAUGAUCCGGAAGAUGGUCGCCGUCGCGUCCGAGGCUUCAAGGACUGACCGAGGUGAUCCUUCGACGUUGUUGGACGGCCUGACGAGUGAUGAUGCGGUGAACCUCCAGGUCGCGCCGGGCGAAGGUCUAUAUCUGGCCGCGCCCGUCUUCGACAACUACAACAAGUACAAGGCCCAGCCGCCGCAGAAGCCCAAGCUCGAGUGGGACGCCACUCACGCGAAGCACGAUGUUAUUGAGAGAUUCCGGGUCGAGGUGAUCGAGGACGGGAUUGUCCAAGGUGGAAAGGCGGAGGCGUUAUUGCCCUGGGUGCUCUACCUCUGGCAGGUGCGCUUGUUUGGCUUUCCUUUGUCGGUAGAGGAUCCGAUCCCCGUGCCGAAUCCUACGAGUGGUGCGGACGGCCGGCUGUCGUUCUCGCCCGCCGCCGCGGAGGGUUAAGUUGAGUUAGUUACA